UUUUUUCUCCCGUUUCUGUUUUGAGUUACGCGGUCGCGGCGGUAUUCCGACUCGGAAGCGAUCAUUACAUCGAUCUGGAUCCGGUGGGCCUUCGCUCGUCUCGGACUGGUGUGGGCGUAACUGUGUGUGUGUGUGGUGGGUAAGAAAUUAUUCGCCAUGCCUCCGCAGAAAAUCACUUAUUAGACGCUCUAAUCCCACCCCUCCAACAGAGAAAGAAAGAAGAAAGAAAGAAAGAUGUGGUCGUCGUUUCGUCUUUCCUCGUCCCUCCCCCUCCCCCCUUGAGUUUAUACUCAAUACUCGAGCUUUCCAAGCUCUUGUAUAUACCAAUCCCCAGCAACUUCGAGUCUUUAGUACUCAACCCAUUCAACCAAACAAUCCUACACGCCGUUGAGAUAUACGCAUUAACAUCAUGUUCGGUGGUAUCGACUCGGAACGGGACCUUGAAAAGGCUCCCCAGGUGGCCAAGGCGCCUAUGGAUGACAGCAGCGAUGGCGCUGUCCCUGGGGAAAGCUUUAUGUACGGCAACUCGGUCUACGCAAAGCUUCAGCGGCUGGCUGGGAAGUUCAACAUUGAACAACGAGGUGUCGAGCGUGUCCCCGAGAACGAACGGACGGAUACCUCGUACUUCAACAUCAGCAGCAUGUGGCUGGCAGCCAACAUGGUGGUUAGUUCGUUUGCUAUCGGUAUUCUGGGACCUGAGAGCUUCGGACUUGGCUUUGUCGACUCCAUCCUCGUCUGCCUCUUCUUCAACCUGAUCGGUGUCCUGACUGUCUGCUGGUUCUCUUGCUUCGGCCCUGCUUUCGGUCUCCGUCAGAUGGUCCUAUCCAGAUUCUGGUUCGGGUACUGGCCGACAAGAUUCAUCGCUCUUCUGAAUGUCUUGUCCUGCCUGGGUUGGUCUGCGGCCAACUCCAUCGUCGGCGCCCAAUUGCUCAAUGCAGUCAACAGUGACGUCCCUGGGUUUGCGGGCAUUUUGAUCAUCGCCGUCUGCACCCUCUUCGUCACUUUCGCCGGAUACAAGGUCGUUCACUUGUAUGAGUUCUACAGUUGGAUUCCUACCUUUAUCGUUUUCAUGAUUGUCUUCGGCAUGUUUGCUCACUCUGGAGAUUUCUGGAACAUUCCCAUGGGAACUGGCGCUGCUGAGAUUGGCUCUGUCCUGUCAUACGGUGCAACUGUCUAUGGUUUCGCUACCGGAUGGACCAGUUAUGCCGCUGAUUAUACCGUUUAUCAGCCUUCGGACCGCAGCCGCCGCAAGGUUUUCCUGGCUGCUUUUGGUGGCUUGAUCCCUCCUCUCCUCUUCACUCAAUUCUUGGGCAUUGCUGUCGCUACUGCUGCCAUGGUCAACGAUGGAAACAACAAGUACGCAACUGGUUAUGCGCAAUCCGGAAACGGAGGCAUCAUCUGGGCUAUCGUGGAACCUCUCGGCGGAUUCGGCAAGUUCUGUCUGGUCAUCCUCGCCCUCUCCAUCAUCGCCAACAACUGUCCCAACAUUUACUCCGUCUCUCUCACUCUUCAGGUCCUGAGUCACCAGACUCAGAAAGUCCCUCGGUUCAUCUGGGUGUUCCUGGCCUCAUGCGUCUCCGUGGCCGUUGCUAUCCCUGGAUACUCCCACUUCGAGGAAGUUCUUGAGAACCUGAUGGACUUCAUCGCCUAUUGGCUGGCCAUCUACUCCGGUAUUGCUAUCGCCGACCACUUCAUCGUUCGUCGUGGCUUCGGUGGAUACCGCCCUGAGCACUACGACAAGCCCGAGAAGCUUCCCUACGGCUUCGCGGCUUGCAUCUCUUUCGCCUUCGGCGUCGUCGGCAUGGUCACCGGUAUGAGUGAGACCUGGUUCGUUGGACCCAUCGCCAAGCGCUCGCAUGGCGGUGAUAUCGGUUUCGAACUGGCCAUCUUGUUUUCGUUCGUCGUGCACGCUAUCGUCAGACCUAUCGAGCUGAAAAAGUUUGGUCGGUAAAUGCGUGCAACUUUCUUACUGUCUUUUCAUAUACAACAAUUUGGGAAUGGGUUUUCUUGGGAAUAGGUUAUCGUCAUUUUUGUUCAUGUCUGUUAAGAGGAAUCAGCUUGUCUAUGGUGGUUCCCAAGUGGAACCAGACGGCUUCCGUCAUGCUAGCUGGUAUUUUGUACAUAGAUAUUAUUGUUGAUUCUAAUAACUCCCGUGCAGAUGAGCCGGGAUGUCGAAUACGAAUGAAGUCGUCAUGAAA